UUUUUAUUUCAUGUUUUGAUUGGUGCAGAUGAUUGACCUGUACUGGACUUUGAUACCCGUGAUGCUCGUUCACUAUUUUGCUUCUCACCCUUUAGCUCACUAUAAUGAAUUGAGGUCAUGGAUCGCAAUUGCUUUGACUUGGAUAUGGAGCAUAAGGCUUACCCACAACUACUUGAGGCGGGAGGGAUGGCAACUGGGAGUCAGAGAGGACUGGAGGUUCACUGAUAUGCGCCAACAGUACGGCAAGAACUGGUGGUGGGUUUCUUUCUUCGCCGUCUAUCUUUCACAGCAGAUAUUCCUGAUCGGCGUAUGCCUUCCUCUAUACGUCGUCCACUCAGUUGACGAGGCAUUGAAUAUGUGGGAUUUGGUAGCAAUCUUUGUGUGUAUGUCUGGAAUUGUGAUCGCCUACUUUGCUGACACCCAACUCCAUGAAUUCGUGACAAGGAACAGCGAGCUAAAAAUGAGUGGAAAAUCAAUGGUGCCCAAUUUAGAGGAGGGAUUGUGGCGUUACUCCCGACACCCAAACUACUUUGGAGAGCAGCUGUGGUGGUGGGGACUUGUGAUAUUUGCGUGGGGCUUAGGUGAGGAAUGGAGCCUUGUUGGAUCAAUGGUGAACAGUUUGUGCCUAGCUUAUGUAACCAAGCUGGUUGAAGAGCGAAUGGUGAAGCAAGAGUACAGAGCUGAAGCUUACAGGCAAUAUCAGAAGACUACAUCUGUGUGGAUACCUUGGUUCAACACAUCAGUGAAAGAUGAUGAAAAGGAUAAGAAUAUGUGAGUAAUAUGCGUGGCUCUUUCUUUCUGUCACUGUGCAGCGUCUUCUCUUUUUAUGAAUUUGUAUGCGGUCAGCUCAGCUGUGUUGGUUUAUGGUAAUCUUGUUGUAAAGCUUUCGCCUUUCUACUAUUGGGUGAGAAAAAGUUGUAUGGAUUGUUCUAUCCUUUGUCUGUCUAUGCGUAAAACACCCGCUUUUAUCUUG